CAGAAUUGCAACAUAAACUAUUCAACGCUUUUCUUCGCCCAAGGAGAAACUAUAGUAUGCGAAAGGCGCGACUCCUGUCACGGACCAAUUAGAGAAAAACACGUAUCACAUCGAAACAAGUCAGCACCUUCGAUGAUCCACGUGUUCCUUUCCUAAUUGCCAUUUGCACCACCCCGAAUCACAGCCCGUUACUUCUGCCUUACACUCGUCCCUCAUAAAUUGUAACAACCGGUUUUUGUAGAUUAUCGUGAACGCUUCGUUCCAUGGAAUGAAGUGUCUUAAUUUUGAUAAUCUUUUCCUAUCCUGACACACACAGUCACGCACCAUAUAAUCUUUAGAAUCCCUUUUUUCCCUGUAAUUUAUCCUAAUUUGUUAUUGAUUUUUUUUUCCCUGUUGUUGUUGUUGUAUCAAAAUUCAUUUUGCAAAAUAGUUUAGAAUAUUAUUAUUGGGAAGAAAAAAGAAAAAUUGGGAAAUCAGGGUUGAAAUUGGUGAAUGAACAGAGAGGGGGUUUGGGGAUUAGAAUACCGGUAGAGUAAUUAGGGAAGGGGGAGAAAGAAGAGUGUGAAGUCGGAGAGAUUGGAGGCGGCGGCACAACAUGUCUGCCAUAGUGUGCGGCAAGAGAUCAAAUUUUUUUGAAGAUUUGCCAUCGUCGCCUUCUUCUUCCUCAUCGCCGCCGCCGGUUUCUUCCAAGAGGAUUCGCUGCUCUUCUUCUUCUUCUCCUGUUCGAUUUUCGCCGCCUAGGUCCGCAGCAGGAACAGGAGCAGCGGGGGCCUCUUUGUAUUAUUUGUCUUGUAACAAUAACAGUAAUUUAUUUGCAGCUGGUGAUUCAUCGGCUCUUGAUCAUCUCAUCGCUCUCUUUCCUGGUAUGGACAAAAAGUUACUCGAGCAAGCACUUGAAGCAUGUGGUAACGAUCUAGAUUCUGCUAUAAGAAGCCUAAAUAAGCUUCGGUUGAAUUCUGGGGAAACUAUGGGAUCUGCUGGUAGCAAUGGAGAGGCGGAGUUCCGUAAUCAUACCCGUCAUUCAAAUGAAGGAACAAGCAAUGGUGAGGCUGCCCCUGCACAGGAUCCAUUAGCUGCUAAAAACCUUUCCAUGGACAAUGUUGAAUGGGUGGAGCUAUUUGUUAGAGAAAUGAUGAGUGCUUCGAAUAUAGAUGAUGCCAAAGCUCGUGCAUCAAGAGCCCUUGAAGUAUUGGAGAAGUCCAUCCUGGUGCGGGCAGGUGCAGAGGCAGUGCAGAGCAUUCAGCAGGAGAAUGUCAUGCUAAAGCAACAACUUCAGGCACUGAUACAGGAAAAUAAUGUGUUGAAGAGAGCUGUUUCCAUCCAGCAUGAGCGACAGAAAGAGUUUGAAGAUAAGAACCAGGAGUUGCAUCAGUUAAAGCAGCUUGUGGCUCAGUAUCAGGAACAGCUAAGGACACUUGAGGUCAAUAAUUAUGCUCUGACAAUGCAUCUGAAGCAGGCUCAGCAAAACAACUCAAUUCCAGGGCGCUUUAACCCAGAUGUCUUUUAGUAAAUCUGUUAGAUGCCACAUCUCUAUAGAAUGAGAGUGUAAUAUGAGUUAAUACUCUUUCCUUGGAAUUUAGAUGUUUUGCAAAACGAAUCGGUGGCUUAGAGGUCGCCUCUUGGAUGCUGAAUGGUUGUUUGUAAUAUUUGUUUAAAAUAAUAUAUUUGCUGAUGAAUGUUAUUUGAAUGUGUUGCGUAAUUUUCCAAGGGAUGGGAAGAACUGCAUUGUGGGUUGUUUUUCUACCCUGAUAGGCUGGUAUUAUUAUGUUGGUUUAAUCCAAUCCUCCACCUUUUAGCUUUUCCUCAUUGUUUUUGGUACAGGUUUAGAUUUCUCGUUUUGAAUCUCUCGAAUGCUGACAGCUUUUAAGCUCACAACUAUUAUUCAAG